AAUUUAAUCUAUCAUCCUUAUUAUCGAAAACUUAAUACUAAUUAGUCAGUAAUUAUAUAAGAAGUAAGAUAGUUGUAUAAUGUACAAAUUAUUGCGAGUAAAAUAAUCAUUAUAAAAAUGGAUAGUUUAUUACGGGAAGAAUUGCCUGAAAUUGUUAGUAAUGGCGCGUUUGGAAAAAACCUCAAAUAUGUUUCGUUUGAAUUGAACCAGGAUCACAUGGGACAGGAUCAGUACAUGUCCACAGUGUUAUUUGGUACAGUGACAACAUCUGAUGAAUCACAAUUUCAUGUCGUGACAAAAUUUAAACUAAGAAGCGAGAAGUUAAGACAUAUGUUUAAAAUCGACUUUCAAUUUAACAACGAAAUUAUUAUGUAUGAAACAAUUAUACCAUUUCUAUUUGAAUGCCACCGAUCAUUAAAUGGAGUAGAAGACUUGCCAUUAUUACCUAAAUUUUUUUACGGUCGUAAUAAAGGUGGUGAAUUUUUCGAAAGAGAUUUAAUAAUGGUGGAGAACGUUAAUCCUCUGGGAUUCAAAUUGAGCGAAGCACGCAUGUUCCUCGACUAUGAUCAUCUUAUAACUGCAUUACAAGCGUUAGCAAAGUUUCAUGGGUUGUCAUAUAUAGCGAAGCACAAAGAUCCUGACACUUUACAAAAAUUCGUCAUGAACAUUCGGGAUACUCAGUUUGACGAUAAUGGAGAGUGGUUACUAAAGAACAACUCACUUAAAAGAUUCGCCACACGAGGGAUCAACCGGCUGCUUGAACGAAGCGGUGACCUUUAUCGGGACAACGAGCACUUACAACGAUUUCAGAAGCUCAUCGAUGAUGGAGAUAAUUUACUGAGGCGUACGCUCAAACCACGCGAACCGUUUUCUGUCGUUUGUCACGGCGACUUUAACCGAAACAAUAUGUUUUUUCGUUAUGAUGAGGCGGGAAUUCCAGUCGACGUGCUGCUCUUCGACUUUGGAACCUCUCGUUACGGGUCGCCGGCGUUAGAUCUUUCGUUUUUCUUAUAUAUGAACACGACGCAAGACAUGCGUGAAAGACGGUGGGACGAUCUAUUGAACGAAUACUGCUCGGUUUUGGCAAAAUCGGUACCAUCCGGAGUCCUCGUUUCGAACAGGGCCAAACUGGACUCUGAGAUGGCUGCGUGCGCUAUUUUUGGCUUUGCACACGCGUCGUUUUUUUUACCUUGCCAGAUUCAACCUUCUUCUAUAAAUCCGGAUUUGGACAAUGAAGUACGUAUUAAAAUGAUGCUACAGAGGGGUGGCGACUAUGGAACGGAAAUUGUUGCUGACCUAGUCCAGCACAUUGUCGACAUGGGAUACACGAAUGUGUGACGUGGUUAUCGGCUUCUCGAAUAAUUAAUCGAUAUUGAUCACCAUAAUAUUGUUUUCUUUAGCUUUAACAGUAUUAUAUAAGUACCAUAAGUAUUUUUUUAAAUUAUUCAAAAAUUUAAAAUAAUGUGUAUUACUAAUAUUUGUAUCGUAUUUUGUAUAAAUAACUUUCAUAUACGCCAUCUAUUUGGCUCGAUAGGAUUUACAUCAUCAUUGUAUUUCUUUGAAAAAAAAGUACCCAUGUUUAAUACUUUUGAAUGAUAAUUUAAUUAUUUCACGUAUUAUAUAAUAAUAAAUAUUUUACAUGAUGUGUACAAGUUUAAAUAUUACUGAUCAGUGAUCACACAUGAAAAACUGUGUUAGAGUUCUUAAUUGAAAUUAUAACUCUAUUCUUUAGUAGUUUAAUUUUAUUUAAAUAUAGAUUUUAGUUUUUAUGCAA